AUGGUAGAUCCAUGGGCUGCAGCAACAACAGUCGUGGCGGUGAGUUUGGUCAAUCGCGAGUUCGUGGAGGCGGACAGGAGGGAAGGAGGCGUGGAUCAUCCUUUCUUCCUCUCCCUCCUGUCAUCUCCCUUGUCUCCCCACUCUUUCUCUCCCUCCUUUCCUAUUUCCAAUAUCCACAUUCCACCCCAUUCCCUAUUUUCUCUUCCUCGUACCCAACAUCCGCCGCCACUCCAUUCAGCUCUUACAACGCCUGUGCCUCUCCUCUCUAUCCUCCCCUCCUGCCUUUUAACCAGCUUCCAGCAGUUUGAUCAUACGAUCCACCAUGCCCUUCAUCUCAUCAUGCCGUUCCCUUCAUCUCAUCAUGCCAUGCCCUUCAUCUCAUCAUGCCAUGCCCUUCAUCUCAUCAUGCCAUGCCCUUCAUCUCAUCAUGCCGUUCCCUUCAUCUCAUCAUGCCAUGCCCUUCAUCUCAUCAUGCCGUUCCCUUCAACUCAUCAUGCCAUGCCCUUCAUCUCAUCAUGCCAUGCCCUUCAUCUCAUCAUGCCGUUCCCUUCAUCUCAUCAUGCCAUGCCCUUCAUCUCAUCAUGCCGUUCCCUUCAUCUCAUCAUGCCGUUCCCUUCAUCUCAUCAUGCCAUGCCCUUCAUCUCAUCAUGCCGUUCCCUUCAUCUCAUCAUGCCAUGCCCUUCAUCUCAUCAUGCCAUGCCCUUCAUCUCAUCAUGCCGUUCCCUUCAUCUCAUCAUGCCAUGCCCUUCAUCUCAUCAUGCCGUUCCCUUCAUCUCAUCAUGCCGUUCCCUUCAUCUCAUCAUGCCAUGCCCUUCAUCUCAUCAUGCCGUUCCCUUCAUCUCAUCAUGCCAUGCCCUUCAUCUCAUCAUGCCAUGUCCUUCCUCUCAUCAUGUCAUCCCUUCCUCUCAUCAUGUCAUCCCUUCAUCUCAUCAUGUCAUGCCCUUCAUCUCAUCAUGUCAUGCCCUGCAUCUCAUCGAAUGCAUGUGUUGCCUCUCUGCUGCCACGAUCAAUCAACCAACCUACAAGGAGGGGGGCAUGUGUGGAGAUGAGGGAGAAGGGACAGGAAUGGGGUGGGGUUGA